AUGGGGAUGAGAAUAGAAGAUUUAAUUCCGCAUGUUGGUGGCUAUUAUAGUAAUGCUAAUCUAAGUUACAUGACCAAUGUAAUGUACUCGGAAACAACUUUACCUGAUUUAGUUGCCUUAGAAGUCAAUAAAUUGAUAGUUUCUAAUCAAAUUUCAGGAAUUUUAAAGGAAUUGACUGAAGGUUCAAAAAAAAGUUUUUUGACAACUCUAUUAAAUUUCGAACAUGUUCAGACUAGUGAAUUAGCACUAACAACAAUGCGAUUACGUAUUAAGCACUCCAAUGCUAAAUUAAAUUGGAGCGAGGUACAUGUGGCAUUGACAGGAAGAAGUUCUGCACUCGAACAUGAUAGAAUAUAUGGUUUGCUUGGGCUUUUUCCGCAAACUAACAUAGAAAUUAAUUAUAGUAAAGAUAAGUUUGUUGUAACUGAAGAAUUCUUUCGUUCAUUGAUAAGAAACGGAGACAUAACAACAACGGCGUUUUGUGGCAGGAACGGCAAAGGUUUGGUGAACAAUAAUGCAAAGGCAUCUCUAAUAAGUAAUAUAAUUCCAAUACCUUGCACUUUUGGUUUUGCUAGGAAGGGUUCAAAAUAUGCCGAGAGAGAAGUGUGGGAUGAAUUAUUGCAGUUAAUAGAAAAUAAAGUUAUCACUAUACUUGAGUUAGCCGAAUCAUUAGGAAUAAUAGAAGAAGUAGACAAAUUGCCUAAGAGUUAUGUUGACUGA